AUGCCAAGAGAGAUAACAUUGGAAACAGCAGUAGAAACAGCAGCAUUAACAUUAUUAGAAUUUUUACAAAACAGUUUAAAUGAUUCAAUACCUUUUUUAUCUGAAGGUAUUAUUAAUAAUGAUGAUGAUAUUUGUAAUUUCAGGGAGAGACAAAAAUUAUUAUUGGAAGAAAUAAAAUUAACAAACACCAAAUUAGAAAAUCAAGAUCAUUAUGAAUACAUUGCAUUAAGUUUUUCCAAAUUACCAAAAUAUCUUUCAAAACUUCAAUCCAUACGUAAAACCAUGAUUACAAUUUCAUCAUCAACUAAAAUUCUAAAACACAGAGCUAAUCAAUUGAAACUUAUCAAACAAUACCAAUUAAAUCAAUUUGCUAAAAUUCAUGAACGCGAAAGAAAUUUUGAUCAAACAGUUUUAGCAGCAAAAAAAAUCUCAAAAACAAGCCCACCUGCUAAGAAAACACACAUCCUGGAAUGGAAGUUUUUGAAUGAUGAAAAAGCCAUCGCUGAUGAAUGGAUUAUUGAAAAUCACAGUAUAACAAAAUCGUUUUUAGACUUUAUGAAUAUGGCCAUCUCUUUGGCUAAUGAAGUGAAAUUAGAUGAUCCUGGUAAAAAAUUGUUAAGAAAAUGCCAGAAUGUGUGGAAACAUCUUUGUGAGAAUUGGAAGACUUCAUUUGAUGACAAUCGAACAGUAGAAGAUAUUUGUGUUCAUGAAUUAUUGCAUCCACUUUUAAAGCCAUUCUUCACUAUUGAGCAAGGACAUGAUAUAAACUGGUAA